GGCAAUUUUUGUAUUAAAGUUUUUGACAUGAGGUAGAUGAAUGGGAAUCGGGAUUGAAGUUGAAACGCAAAGGAAAAAUGAUACCUCGCGUUAAACUUGGAAGGCAAGGCCUGCAGGUUUCUAAGUUAGGAUUUGGCUGUGCGGGGCUUAGUGGAGUGUUUGAUGGUCCUGUUCCUGACGAGGUUGUCAUCUCUCUCAUAAAGGAUGCAUUCAGUAAGGGAAUCACAUUCUUUGAUACGUCCGAUUUUUAUGGACCCAACACUAAUGAAGUUUUGGUAGGAAAGGCACUGAAGGAGUUGCCACGAGAUGAAGUUCAGCUUGCAACUAAAUUUGGGAUUGUGAAAGUUGAGUCAGAUAAUGCGAUCGUAAGAGGUGAUCCUGAAUAUGUGAGAUCAUGUUGUGAGGCUAGCCUGCGGCGCCUUGGGGUGGAAUAUAUUGAUCUCUAUUAUCCGCACCGGAUUGACACAACAGUGCCCAUUGAGGAAACUAUGGGAGAGCUUAAGAAGUUGGUUCACGAGGGAAAAAUUAAAUACAUAGGAUUGUCGGAAGCUAGCCCGGACACAAUUAGGAGGGCCCAUGCUGUUCAUCCAAUUACUGCUCUGCAAAUGGAGUGGUCCCUCUGGUCUCGUGAAAUUGAAGAUCAACUUGUUCCACUUUGUAGGGAACUUGGAAUUGGAAUAGUACCAUUCAGCCCCCUUGGCCGUGGAUUUUUUGGUGGUAAGGCAGUCAUAGAAAGUGUACCUGCAGACAGUUAUCUGUCAGUCCAGCCAAGGUUUCAGGGGCAGAAUUUCGACAAGAACAAAACCUUUUACUUCAGGAUAGAAAAGUUAGCAGAGAAGCAUGGAUGCACAACACCACAACUAGCUCUUGCAUGGCUUCUACAUCAAGGGGACGAUGUGGUGCCCAUCCCUGGAACAACAAAAGUAAAAAAUCUUGACAACAAUAUUGGUUCAUUAAAAGUGAAGCUGAGCAAGGAUGAUUUGAGGGAAAUUACAGAGGCGAUACCCAUAUCUGAGGUGGUAGGGGAUCGAACUGUUGAGCCUUUUAUGCGUUGCUCGUGGAAGUUUGCUAAUACUCCACCAAAGCGUAGCUAGAUACCAGUUCUGCCACACCUUGCAACUUAUAGUUUACCAAAUUUAGUCACAUCUCAUGCCACUUAAUUGCUAUGUUUGAGAUACGGAUUACUCUCAUGUAACUUCUGAUACUAUUCAAAAUAAUUUGUAUUGCUAACUUCUGCUAUAGUAAAGUUUGCAACUAUAGCACAUUAUUAUGGAUAAACAAGAAUAAUAAAAACAAGA